AUUAAUAACUCACUACCUCUAUAAAUUUACAACACAUCCCCUCUAAAUUCUACCCCCCAGCAGCCUUCCCUAGAGAGAGCCAAAAGACAAAGCAUAACUUGUUUUCUUUUGUUCUGCGAGGAAACCCAAAAAAACAUCUCUUCUUGGGUCUGCAGAUCUUCCCUACAAUCUGCAUUGAUAUAUCUUGAAGCACAGAAGGUGCGCGAUAGUGGUAAUUGUUUGGUAUUGGGUCCCUUCAAUUUCUUUGCUAAUCCUUUUGGGUUUCACAAUAGAUAUUAUCUGUCUUGUUCUGCAAAAUCUAGAAAAAGAACUUCAAUACUCAGUCGCCACAGAAAUGAUUGGGUUCUGUGACUUGUCUGUCUCCCUUCAAGUCCAUUCUUUCAUUCUCUUAUGUUAUUCUUUUAGUUCUUUAUAGAACCCCAAAAGCAUGACUCAAGAAAAAAUUUAUUUCAGUUGCACAUAGAAAAAGUCACUUGAAGUCUAAGCGUGCAAUUUUUUCAUGUAAAGCACAUGCUAAGAAAAACUAUAAUUGGUAUAGCUCAUGCCCACUUUGUUACAAGUUAAUGCAUGCACUGAAUCUCUCUUCUUGGGAUUCCUCUAAAUUUUCCAUAAAUUCUUGAAGAUUGAGUCUGAAAAUCACUGAAAGACAAUCAAGGGAAGGAAAACAGCUGAUAGUGAGUUUUUCGGUUUCUGGAAUUUGAAGGAAAGAGGUGGAGAUGUCUGCGAAGUUUAUAUAUUCUUUAACAGAAGAAAACCCAGAUAUGCAGAAGCAUAUUGGGUGUAUGAAUGGAAUUUUUCAAAUCUUCGACCGCCACCAUUUUCUUGCCAGGCGGCGGGUCAGUGGCCACAACCACAAGAGACUACCACCAGGUCAAAGUGCCAAUCAUGGAUUGGAGCCCAACAGGACAACACAGAAAGCUACAGAGAAAGAUCUGAAGGACGCCGUGAAAGAGAAACAAAGAGUCUCUGUCGACUCAUCCACCACUUCUUUUUCAUCCUCUUCUUGCUCAUCUACGUUCUCAUCAAUUGAUCGCAAUAGAACAGCUCAGCCAGAUACGUUCUCCUUCGGCCACAGCAUAUCCCCCAAAACCCUAUCUCAGACCUUACCAAUGAAACAGCAAAAUUCGUCUUUGCAGUCAGCCCGGCAGUCCCCCAAUCUCCGUGACGUUGUGAAGGACUCAAUCUACAGAGAACCCCAUGGGUUAUCAGUUAAAACAAUAAGCAAAGAGGAAAGAAUUGGCCAUGUCAAGAAGCACAUAGAUUCUCCAAGGCCAUCACAGCUUUCCAAAUCUGAUAAGGAUAAAGUUUUCGGUCUAGAUGAAUCAUUUCAAGUUCUUGCUAAGAUUCGGGAAGCACCAAGGAAUUCCAGUAAAGAGAAGGAUGGUCCUCUGUCCUUGACAGUGAAGGAUGCUACGCGGUUCUCUUAUGAUGAAAGGGAAUCACGAGAUAUAUUGAAAUCCAAUAUAAAGAUCAAAGAGCUCCCAAGGCUUUCAUUGGAUAGUAGAGCAGGUUCCACAAGGAGUUGCUCCUCUGAAUCAAGAGCAAAUUUUCUAUUAGGGGAUCUAGAGCGGGCAAAUCGGAACUGCAACAAAAUCCUGCACCCACAGCAAGAGCCAGGAAGUAAUAAACGAUCAUCUAUCAUAGUGGCAAAGUUGAUGGGAUUGGAAGCAUUUCCAGAUUCCAUGCCAACUAAUGAGGGUCAGAUCAAGGAGAUUAAAUCCUGCACAUAUGAAGAUUCCAAUGGAAUUUCAAGAUUGUCAAGAAUAGCUGAUGACAGCAAGCAGAGUCAGGUUUCUGGGUCCCCAAGGAUUUCCCAAAGGGACCCUAUCUCACCUCGAUUGAGACAUGUGAACUCGAUCAUUAAACCAAACUCAAAUUCAAGAUCUCCACUUGAACCAGUUCCACGGAGGAAGCCAGAAGGGAGUCAAUUCUCUCAAAAACCAGCUUUCAUCUAUCGGGAAGCUCAAACAAAGGCUCACAAUCCGUCUCCUACAGUUUAUGGUGAAAUUGAGAAAAGAUUGACUGAACUUGAGUUCAAGAAAUCUGGCAAGGAUCUCAGAGCUCUUAAACAGAUUAUUGAAGCAAUGGAAAAGACAAGAAAGAGGUCAGAGAGCAAAAGAGAAGAGCAUGUCUCGAAUGUUGAGUCUCCGAAAAGCAAUUACAGCCCAGGACACUGCAGCCUCGAUCAGAGUUCUAAAAUAACAACCCAGCGGAGCCAGAAUAGUAACUUUCCAAUUUCUCCCACCAUCAGGGGGCCGAGUUCUCCAAGAAGAUCUGAAUCCCCAAUUGUGAUCAUAAAACCAGCCAAACUUAUCGAAAGGCCCAGAAACUCUGGUUGCUCUACAAUCCCAAAUGAUGGAAUAUCAUGUCUCCGGAAACUCCGGACUGGUGACUCUGCAAAUAGCAGAAAGGGUCUGAAUGACAAGCAAACAGCUAAAGAUCUAACUCCGAGAAGCAAUCAUCUUACAGACCCUUCUGGUCAGCCUCUUCAUUCCAUGAAGAAAAGCACAAGUGCCAGAACUUUGAGAUCAAUGCCAAUUUCAAAGGCUACUCAGCAUAUGAUGAUAGAAAAUCCUACCAUCUCUGGAAGGAGUUCAGAUGCGAUAAGCCCAAGACUGCAACAAAAGAAGCAUGUAGUGGAGAAGCAAUCUCGUCCCACCACCUCGUCAUCCGUUCGGAACAGGGCCAGGCAGCAAAACAGAAAGCAACCAACAGAAUCGGGCUCAGAGAGUAGAAGACUCAAACCAAAAUCUCCCAGUCUAAGGCAAGGCAGUGAAAAAUUUAGUGAGAUCAGUUAUGAAAUGCAAAACUUGAGUUGCGAAAGUGAUGCGGUUUCUUUGCAAUCAGAAAGCAACAUUAGCUUGGCCUCACAGAUUGACACAGAAAGCUCCAGUUGUUGCAACCAAGUCAGUGGCAUAUACCAGCAGAAAGACCAGAGAAAUCAAAAUCUAGCGGCAAGGUUAAGCGAAGACAAGUCAGUGGCUGAACUUACAACAGCUAACUUGGACCAACCAAGUCCUGUUUCCGUUCUUGAUGCUACAUUCUACAUAGAAGACUUGCCAUCUCCUGUGAAGAAGAUAUCAAAUGCUUUCAAAGAUGAUGAGAAUCUCAAUUCCAAUGGAGCAGAAUGGAAUCCAGUGGAUCAAGAUCACUUACUGAACAGCACAAGACCCAAUCUCAGCACUGAGGUCAACCAUAAAAAAUUAGAGGACGUCAAGCACUUGGUGCAUAAGCUUAAACGACUGAACUUUAAUCAUGAUGAAGCUACCACAGGUUGCAUUGCAUCUAUUAGUGAAAACACGAAUUCAGACCACAGAUACAUCACUGAGAUGCUGUUAGCAUCAGGUUUUCUAAAAAAUCUAGGCUCUAGUCUAACAACCAUUCAGCUCCACCCAUCAGGCCAUUUGAUCAACCCCAAUUUGUUCCUUGUCUUGGAACAAACCAAGGGAAGCACCGAGCUCCAAAACAAUGAACACAGCCAUAAAAAGGUUACCCAGUCAAAAUCCAAAGAGAGAAUCCAAAGAAAACUUGUAUUUGAUACCGUCAAUGAGAUUCUUGUCCAUAAAUUAGCUUCUCCAGCUUCUUCUGAGGUAUGGAUCUCUCCAAAUAGAUUAAAAGGAAGACGCUCCAAUGGACAGAAGCUUCUGGAAGAAUUGUGUUCAGAGAUAGACCGUCUCCAAGCCAACAGAAACUGCAGCUCAGAUGAUGAAUGCUUGAUAAGCUUCUCAAGUGAGGAUAAAAUAGAAAAUUGGACUGACUACAGUAGUGAGGUUCCUCAGGCAGUGCUAGACAUAGAACGCUUGAUAUUUAAAGACUUGAUUAACGAGGUAGUGAGUUGUGAGGUAGCCGGUCUUCAAGGCCAGCCAUGAAGGCAUUACAGGCAUCUGUUUUCCAGUUAGCAUCUUAGUAUUCUCUCUCCCCCCCCCCCCCCCCCAACACUCACACACACCCACCCAAUUCUCUCAUUUCAUUUUUUUUUUUUUUUUGGACGUAAAAGAUCAAUAAUCAUGGAUAAGAACAGCAUCUCUUUCCUAGUUGUAGGGAAAAUCUCUCCUCGAGUAUGUAACAUAUAUCUUCAUUACAAUCAAUGUACAUAUAAGAAACCUUUUGCUUUUGUUUA